AUGGUCGACCUGUUAGGAGCCACCGACUUAGAUCAUUCAGAAGGACCUAUAGGUUGUUCAAUGCAAUUGGCUAUGAACAAAUCUAGCACAUUUUCACUUGGGAUACGUUCACGCAGACUUUCGAUUGCUUGGAUACGUUCAUGCCGAUUUUUCGCAGGAUACAUUCAUGCCGAUUUUCUCUUGGGCGCUUGGAUACGUUCAUGCCGACUUUUCGCAUGGAUUGCUUGGCAUGUUCAUGCAGAUUAUGUUCAUGCAGAUUUUCACUUG